AUGGCGGCCAGCAUGAAGUCCAGUAAGUCCCAUGUCAUCUUCAAGAAGAUCUCCCGGGACAAAUCACCAUCCUCGAACCCAUCACAUAAGGUGUCAAGUCCUGUUCCGUCAGCGCCUGGGACCUCUCUGGCCCGUUGCUAUGGCGCCCAGCUGGGGGAGCCUCGAUAUGGGGUUGUACUCGUGGAUCCGGAGCUUGUGAAAGGAAAGAAAGUGUUCGUCACGCUGACCUGCGCCUUCCGCUACGGCCAGGAGGACAUCGACGUGAUGGGGCUGAGCUUCCGCCGAGACCUGUACUUCACGCGGGUGCAGGUGUACCCGCCUGUGGGGCCCGCGGGCGCCCCCACGCGGCUGCAGGAGAGCCUGCUGAAGAAGCUGGGGGCGCACACAUACCCCUUCCUGCUCACGUUUCCUGACUACCUGCCCUGUUCUGUGAUGCUGCAGCCUGCUCCGCAAGACACAGGCAAGAGCUGCGGGGUCGACUUCGAGGUCAAAGCGUUUGCCACAGACAGCAGCGAGGCUGAGGAAGACAAAAUCCCCAAAAAGAGCUUCGUUCGGCUCCUGAUCCGGAAGGUGCAGCAUGCUCCACCUGAGAUGGGGCCACAGCCCUGUGCUGAGGCCUCCUGGCAGUUCUUCAUGUCGGACAAGCCCCUGCACCUCGCCGUCUCGCUCAACAAAGAGAUAUUCUUCCAUGGGGAGCCCAUCCCUGUCACUGUGACUGUAACCAAUAACACAGAGAAGACAGUGAAGAAGAUUAAAGUGCUAGUGGAACAGGUGGCCAAUGUGGUUCUCUACUCGAGUGAUUAUUACACCAAGCCGGUGGCCAUGGAGGAAACCCAAGAAAAAGUGCCACCCAACAGCACUCUGAGCAAGACACUGACGCUGUUGCCCUUGCUGGCAAACAACCGAGAAAGGAGAGGCCUUGCCCUAGACGGGAAGAUCAAGCACGAGGAUACCAACCUUGCCUCCAGCACCAUCAUUAAGGAGGGCAUGGACCGCACUGUCCUGGGCAUCCUGGUGUCUUACCAUAUCAAGGUGAAGCUCACGGUGUCAGGGUUUCUGGGAGAGCUCACUUCCAGUGAAGUGGCCACGGAGGUUCCCUUCCGCCUCAUGCACCCCCAGCCGGAGGACACAGUCUACAGGAUGAAAAUUUGGUUUUUGAGGAGUUUGCACGCCAAAAUCUGAAAGAUGCAGUUGAAAGCGGGGAAGGAAAGAAGGAGGAAGAGGCUGCCCCUGAUGAGUGAUUGGUGGACUCCG